UUUUGUGAAGAUGCAUGGCUGGGGAAAUGGUGUCAUAGUUCAGCUUCCGCACUGUAUUUGUCAAGUUUCCUUUAUUUCAAAGUUUGCAUUGAGUGUUAGCAACUAAAUGUCGCGCACGUGGACCGUCACUUGCUUUGAAAAGCGAGAGCGGAAGCACGGCAUGGUCCUUCGCUGAUGCUUUUGUGAGAUAAAGAAGUUAUUGUUACGCUUACUUGUUGCCCAGAAUAUUGUUAAGUGAAUGUCAAGAAUGAAGAGGAGCUGUUUUCACACCUCGUUCGAAUAAGGAACGAUGUGGAGCGAGGGCUCGGGAUCUCUGCCGGACCCGGACACACUCAUCCAGUUCCUGCUCACACCCAUGAACAAAUCAGGCAACGAAGAUUCCGCAGCUAGAAAAAAUGAGACACAGGCCAGCGCGCCGAUCGGCGAAGGCGACGACGGCGUUCAGCGACGCAUCUCGCGGCUUGAGCAGCGUUUGGACGCGAUGAGGUCGUCCUCACAGCUAUCGUCACAGUCGCAGCCACAGCCGCAGCCGCAGCCGCAGCCGCAGCCGCAGCCGCAGCCGUCGCAGCAGUCGCGGUCUCCGUCGCCGCCCGUGAAGGACGGAUCCAGGGAGAAGCGCGUGACGUUCGCAGUGAGCGCCAGCGAGAGGUCGACAUCAGACUCGGAGGCGAUGACGGCCGAGCUGCCGUCCGACCCGGAGAUCCUCGCCAUGCUCACGCCGCAGCAGUGCAAGCUAUGCAACGCCUACGCUCAGCGGUACCGCGAGGAGCAGCGCGAGCGUGUCAAGCAGGAGGUGACGGCGGCCACCCUGGGCCAGGCCCUCUGCGGCACCGAGGCCGAGCGGGACAAGCUCAAGUCGGGCCUGGCGCACAUCCAGAACGAGAUCCAGAGGAUGAAGGAGGAGACGGUGCGCCUGGAGUCGACCCGCGAGAAGACGUCCCGAGAGCUGCGACGCUCAGAGGAGGACCGCAGCGAUCUGCAGCUGAAGCUGAAGGUCAUGUCGGAGUGUGUGCGGAAGCGGGACCUGGAGCUGUCGAUCCAGCGGCAGGCGCUGGACGACCGCGACCGGCGGCUCAAGGACGCUCAAAACGAGGGGCACGCGUGCCCGCAAAUUGAACAUGGCAUGUUCAUAUAUUAG